GGCAUAUAAAUACAGACACGGCUAGGAUGACGGCAAAAGCUUCCUGACGUGAUACCGUGACCCUGUCUUUUCACAGGAUUGUCGAGGCAAUUGAGCAAUACGCUUUCUAUCCUGUAGCAGAAGUGGAAGGAAAUUAUUUUAUCGAUCGUCGCGAGAUGACAAACCACCUGUGUGCGCCCCCAUCACAAAAUGAUUGCUUUAAUCAAGUGGUUAUAAUCGAGUUGCCCAACGGGUCGACAGCGAAGAUAUUGAUUGGGAAUACUGACUGCGCGACUGUUCGCGACUUGAAGCUUGGAUGUGAGUUACAGUUCGGUAUACCUUCCAACCUGCAGAGAGCCAGCGCCUUGGAGAAUCCAGAGAUAGAACUUAGUGACUGGAUACUGCUCAAAGACACUGUUCAAACAAUUGACGAUGUUAUUGUGGUUCAAGUGCCAGUGUGGUGGAACAAGUUUAUUUGCGUUUCCUUAAACAAUGAAAUAGAGAACGUUUGCAGAAGAGCUAAGCUGCCCAUGCAGCAAAUCAGCAAGGAAGAAAGGCUUUUCGUCGGAUUCUUCAUCGCCUGCUGCUGUGGGCAUGAGAAUCUUCUGGAGAGGCUUAGAACACUAGACAUUCACUUCGAUCAGCAGGCGGCCACGGAGUCCGGCAGGAAUCUUUUUCACGCCGCGGCAGCAAGUGGAAAUGUAAACUGCGUGGAGUUUGUGGCCAAACAUUUGGUCAAGCCAUCAAAGGAAAUAUUAUCAAAGCUAGACACCAAUAGGGAGACACCGAUUGAUAUUGCUCGGAGAUUCAAUAAUCAGGAUGCAGAAAGAUUGCUUUACAAGUUCUUGUUUUAUGAAAAGGGUGAACGGGAACAGAGGAACUCCGAUGAAUCUGGAAUCGAUGUGUGCGAUUCUGUCGACUCAGAUGACUCUCUGGAGGGGACAAAACCUCGACACGACAACACUGACCAGGAAGAAACACAGAAAGACUGCGAAAAAAACCACCCAGGGAUGCCAAAGAAUGGUUUUGAGGAUGGAGAACUUGUAAUCACCGAGUGUGACGAGGGCGAUAGCUUUGCUGUCGACGUAAAAAAGGAACUGAAGAAAAAUUCACCAAAGUCCAAAGAUGGCGUGUGUCAACAAGAUGGCUUAUCUAAUAGCGGUGCACGUGGUGACCAAAUGCGGGCAACCAGCCCAUUCUCCUCAGACAGCUCUGAUGACUGUUUGAAACUUUCUCCUAGACUUAACAGGCCUCAAACUCUUGAUAUAUCGCCGAAACAACAUCUUCUUCGACGGAGGUUUGUAAACGAGGAUCCAUCAGGAAGGCCAAAAAGCGCGCGAACGGUGCACUACCCCCAGAUCAAUGUCUACCAAGAGGAGGACGAGGAAGUAGGCCCAAAUGAAAAUCAUCUUCCUCCAUUAGACAACCAGACUCUCGUUAGCCACAAUGCAGGUAACGCAUUUAGUAAGAGAAUGAAGCAAACUGUUGUUCGGACGAUUAGCAGUCCCCAUUCUGCUGCACUGAAGGAGCGUUUGAUUCCGUCCCCGGAAGAGGAGCCUCUCACCAGCAAGAGCGCACCAGGAUCUCCGCAAACCCUUCGGAGAAUGGUGUUCAAGCCUUCUAGUAAACCUCCCUCUUCCCCAGGCAGUAUCAGAGUUUGUCCCUUAUCGCCAAACAUGUCGCGCGUGUUGGAUCAAAGACGUGGCUCAGAGCCGGUUGCAUGUUUGAACAGGAUAAACGGAAUUAGACUGGGUCGUACAAGGAGAGAUGCUGUGAUUUCGACUGACCUGACGCACGGCGGUGAUAGCCAUGUUUCAGCAAUGCCGAGCUCUCCUAGGAUGUACAAACGAGGAAAAUCGAGGUAUGUAUUGCCACAGCAGUUUUGAGUUUAUUCAGUGAAUUACUCUUUUACCCCUACUACGUAAUUUGGGUUAGUGCAAGGAAGUUCUACAGGCUUCUUCAAUUAAUUUGUCUUCUUCUGACAGACAAAUUUUCGCUGCUUCCCUAACGAAACUGUAAAUACUUGUUGUACAUUGAUUCUGGAGCAUGUUGGAGCUGGAAAACUUUUAUAUUUAUGUUUAUGUCUCAAUUGCGUGUCAUGAGGUUUUAGUUUAAAGUUCUCUCAAGUUUAGCUGGCUUUGUAAACAGUCACGUUUGUUCUACAAACAUUUUCAUUACAUGGUAGAUAAUCAAGCACACGCUUAUAGAAGAUAGUGUUGCAGAUUACGAAACAGGAGGUUUUGAUUGCAUUAAUAGUUACAAUGAACACCAAGCUCUAAAAUUCUGAUCGAAUUGAAUUAAAGCCGUGACACUGAGAUUGACAACUCAUACCGCUGUUGUUAAGCCGGUUUGAAGUUUCUUCGUGACUUUUUUGUGAUUGAUCCACUUUCGUCUCUAACACGCUACAUGGUACUAAGGAGCCUCUGAUCGUGACAGGUUUCAGCUUUACGUAAACGAAGAACUAUAGUUUCGCUGAGUCACGUAUCUAUUUCAUGAAUACCGCGUUGUUGACCUAAGUCGCUGUAUGUUGUUGUUAUAGAACGUCCAAGUCGAUUUCUUGAAUAUUUCCCCAUAUUUAAAAACAGGAAAGCAAAAUAACAUAAGUGUGCCAAUUUGUUACGGCAUCAAAUUUUGUUAUUUUAUUCCCGCGGUCAAACCUACAGCGAGUUGUCUAUUCAUACAAGCUCAUGUUUUCUCUUUUCUUAAUUAAAGAAUUUUUAGAUGGAUUUGCACUGCAGAUGUAAUUACAUGUUAUGUUCUCAGUAACAGUUUCCACUUUUGUUCACUCUUUCGUUAAGACUUCUUUCUUCGUUAUCCUUACUAGUACGACCCCUCCAAGGACCUCGAAACCGAGACUGAUUUCUGACAGUUAUAAUUUUUAUAUGUUAGUGACCAGAUUGUCGAGUCUCGCUUGAGAGAACGUUUAGUGUCGUGUUUGUUUCGGUGUUAAGGAUGUUUUCCUUCAAGCGUAAAAACAAAAGUUGUUUUCAAAAGCGUAGUGGAAAAAAAUAGAGGUCAUCAAUUUUAAUCAGUACCUGAGGGUAGAAAACAGCAGGGUGGCCGAGUUGCCUUUCAUCAUUAGUUUUGUUAAAAAAGAACUCGAUUCGGCUUACUUUUCUUGCAAAUCUUUACUUCUACGUUUCGUCCAAUAUGCUGUAUUGAACAGUAAGAUCAAGAAUACACAGUUUGACAGGAAACCACUGUUCAAGAGUUUUCAAUUAAACGUUACCCUUUCCGACAAGCCGCAACGACUUAAUUUUUCAAGACAUGACCUUCACAGGGCUAUAAACCGACAAUAAUGGCUUUCAUCUGACUGGUAAUACUUCAGAGUCCAUAUAAGAGCCACGUCAUAUAACAGGCUGUUUUAUUCAGGAAUUAGGUGAAACGGCAACUCUCUUAAUGUGGCCUUAAAGAGACGACCUGAGAUUUCACUAUUCACUGUCCUAUUACGCGUGACUUUCAAAAGUUUAGCUCGUGUUUUUCGAGUCAGUGUGCGGCUGAAUAAUCUGUUUGUCUUAGGAAUCAAAAUAAACGGAUUUUUUUCCUACAAACACAGCCUCAGGGCUUGAAAUAAUCCGCAGUACUCCUUCCGUAAAACGUUCACUUAGGUCCCGCCGUCCUCCCAUUCCCCGGCCCUAGCCAAACUAGGAAAGACACAAGGACAAAAAGGGCCUUCUGAGACAUCACAAUGCACUGCGGAAGCAAUGCAAGAGCCUACCAUGGAAAAAAAAAACGCUAGUGCUGGUCAGCUUGUUCCCUCUAGACUUCUAUAGAAUACAGUGGGUCUUGUUUAUGUUCACCCCUUAUAAGCUCUGGCGACAAUUUCCAUUUAAGCCGAGUUGUUUACUAUUAGCUUAGCGGUUCCUCAUUGUUCUUUUUCUCCGAAUCACGUAGGCUGCAAGCCUCGUCUUCGGACGAAUAGACUAGCCUGUACACAGACGUUGCUUUAUUUUUCUUUUCGACAAUCGGCGAGCACGAAGCGCGCCAACGAGCGCGGAGCGCGAGAUUUUCUUCUUCCCCCACCCCUACCCUCUUGCGCUAGUGGUCAUUUAAUUCCCAGCAGUUUUUAUUUUUAUCACGCGGGCGCACUCGGCGGACUUUUAAGAGGAAUUAGAGGGUCUGUGAACAGGCUUGAACAGGCUACGUAUAGAAGCGGUAUGAACAUUUUGAAUUCGGAAACAAUAAUGAACAAUUCAGUCGAGAUGUUUCGAAAAUAACCUGAACUUGGACGUGAUGGACACGAUUGUUUGGAACAAUUAAAGUAUUUUUAAAACAGCUUUGUGAUAAAAGUAAAACAGAGCGAGGCGAAUAGUGAAGCCUAGAACCCGGUCCAAAACCGACGUAAAAAUCAGUUGCUUAAAGCCUUAACUUCAGCUUGUAAUUAUUAAGUUCGAGGUUUUCAAUUCAUUUCCUUUCCUAAGUUUUUGGUUCUGAAGUGAUCCACCUGAACCAAAGCUAUUCUCGUCAAGUUCACUUUUUUGAACAAAUGUACGGAUUUCUAUACUUUAACAAUUUGGGGCUGCUGAUAGAAAAACCAUCGACAAUUAUUGAGAAUUUUAGCUUUUAACCUUUACGGGCCAUUUCAAGGGAAAAAGUUCCCUCAAUGAUUUUUUGUAAACGAGCUUGCUUUUGUUCUUGUCCCGUGAUAAUAACCGGAAGCAGGCCAAUGAAAUCGCGUGGAUAAUAUAUUUGUCUUUUCUUUGUAUUUUCAUGUGCGGUAAAUGACUCAGAAGCAAAUAAUCCACAACAUCCGGGACUUUAAGAAAGUUUUUGUUUUGAAAUUUUCUUAAUCAGUAGGCCUUGAUCAAAUUAGGAAAUCUUGUUUUUGUGGCCGUGUAAUCUCGUUAACUCAAAGGCAAACUCUCUGGUGAAAUAAGAAAGGUUCGAGUGCUGCUCAAAGUUUCUUUUUCUGAACGUUGUAUUAAUGACAAAAACCAAAUUGUGUGCAAAGACUAUUAACUUCUAGUUGCACGUGAUGUUUAAUAGACUGGCCUACCAAUCUGAACAUACAAAACACAUAUUAAAAUUUCCAAGUGUAAUUCCUCUGUGUGGACAAAGAUUACCUUUGUGCAAAUACAUGAAGGCCUUUUCACUUGCUUCAUAUUUAAUAACUUUCCUACACGGCUUUUUGGUCAGUUGUCGGCUGAAUUGUGAGCGGGAAUCGUUGAGUUGAAAUUGUUGAAUUUCACGUGCUACGCCUUCAAGAGGGGAUUGAAGAUAGGUGGUCUGUUCGUAAAAAGCGGUAAGAAAUUAUUCCUGAAAGAUAAUCAGCUUUUGUGUGAUAACCUGAUGAGCAGAUUUGAGACUAACUAUUUAUGUCAUAUACGCGAUACUUUUCGUGGGAACAUUCCUGAGGCGAGAAGAGAUGCGAGGCAAUUUUGUUCACUUUAGGGGGAAAAGGCACUUGUUUUUUCAUCUUAAAAGGGAAAACGAGACUUAAAUUCGCAGUUCGUUAAACAAUUCUAAUGUACCUUUUUAAAAAACAGAAUCAUGGGAUGAUACGAUUCGCUCGAGAGCUGAACAGCAUAUUUCUUCGGUUCCAAAUUGAGCGAUUCAGUUGUAUCGGGAUUACCUCAGCAAUAAAAUGUAUCAACAUUAAUUUUAACUUUUUCUAGCCAAAACAACCGACAGCGUUUUGCAUUUCUUAGCUAGGGAAUGAACUAGAAAGGAACAGUCUCGCUUAAAUUAAGACUUCGGCCUCUAUAACAAAACAUCUUCUAAUAGGUCGUCAUGGAUUUUUGCAUUUCCCGUCUUAUAUUGAAACAGUGUUACAGAGGUCAGGCUAUCUAUUUUUUAAGUUCUUUGUAUUAAAAUGGCAAGUAUUUUACUCUCCGAUCUUAUUCGACCCAGACUGAAGUGCAAAUCUAUUAAAGACCAAUUCAAUUGAAAGUUUGUUUGCUGAAAAGCAUGUUUCAAACACGGAGUUGGUUUCCUGAGGUUGAAAUAAAUGGACACUUUGUCUGUUUUCAUCAGUGUAACAAAUUCGGCUCAAUUCGGGGGACGUCGUUGCUCAUACCUUGCUGGGCCAAAAAAACUCAACUUGUGGACAAGUCGAAUCACUUUUUCACACGGUAGAUAAUUAGCAAACACUUGGAGUUGAUCGGUCAUGAUUUGCUUAUCAUGUCUAUCAUGAGAGCAAUCUAAAGUACCAGUAUAGGUCAGACCACACGAUUAUCAGCUUCUGCUAGCUUGAUAAAGACAAUUCAAAAUUUUGGUAACAACUGUCAGUUUCAUGCUUAUUUAAUAAAUAAAUGUCGAUAUAAAGAACUAAAUUCAACUACUGAUAAACUGUACAGGCCAACAGCAAUUAUUUUUUAAUAAACAUCCACGACAAAAAUGCAGAUAUUUUGAUCUCUCGGAAAGCUUACGGUAAUGUCAUCGGUAGCCGGUACUUAACUAAUUUGUUUAGGCUUGUUGAGUACUGGUUAAUAUAAAUUAGAUCUCCCUUGCUGAAGCUUGGUCCAGAAUAAAAUACUUCAAGUCCUUUUUUAAAAUUCUUUGGAUGCAUGUGUGCAAAAUAAACAAGCAAACACACUAAAAAAUCCCGAUUGUGUAUGUAUAAAUUGAUUUUUAAACUCGGGAAUGUAUAACGCAAGGAAGUUUGCCAGCAAUUUUUGGCGGGAAGAUCGAACGGAUAACCGCAUCACAAUCCGGAGCAACUUUGUUUAUUUUGCCGGAUAAAUCUAAUCGGAAAUUUGACGAUGACUCUAAUAGCAAAACGGAUGAAAUUGUGGGAAGCCAUCAAUUAUCUCCGAGAAGGCAUCUAAACUCAAACGCAACCUCAGUUGUGCUACAACGUACAAAUUUGCCACCAAAAUCAAGUUAUUAGCCCGUGUGCUCCUCAGUAUCAACAGGAAAGAACUGCGUUUUUUAUGCAGGUGGUCACAAGAACAAUGCUGCGCUUUACAAUAUAAAAUCUAGUUCAGAUUCGACUGUUAAACAAUCAGACCACAAGACGGCAUAUUUUUAGGCAGAUGUACUAAAAGUAGAUCACCAAAGGAAAACGUUCUUGAAAUAGUACCACGGAAUCAUUUGCAGUCUUCAAGGCUUAUCAUAUCCUGACUGUGUGUUUCGUGAUGAUUCAUAUCACAGUUUUUACCAAACCACGAAGAAAAAGCAUUAGAACUUUCUUUCUUGAUAAAUUUUCAUUUUUUGGUGUCAGCAUUCCAGAUUGGAUUAAUUUUAGAGGAUUUUAAUUCUUGUCUUUGACGUUUUGAAGAGAAUCUCGUCUCUGGUGUGUUUCAGUUGUUGUUGAUGAUGUUGUCAGGUUUUUCUUUUACUUUUGCUUACCAAUUAAACUUACCAAUUCAGAGGUUGAAAUACAUGUAGUUUAACUGAUGUAACAAAACUCGUCAACAUUGAACAGUUUCUUUUGAAGCCCACCCACUUUUUCAUAGACAACCCAUGCCAAAGAGUUCAAUUUGGCGAACUUAUAUCGCGAGAAACAGUUAAUUGGUUACGGCGCUUUUCACAAACAUGCGAACUCUAAAGUUCAUAAGCCGCCUUCACAAUUGCGUUUUUCGCUGCCGUCAAUCAUAAUUACGAUCACAAGCAUACGCGCGCAACGAACCUUGAAACACAGAAACACACAAAACGGAUCGAAAUCCUGACCAAUCACAAAUCACAAACCAUGACCUUUUGAACGCGUUAAAGUAUAGUUUUGUUUCCAAAGAGGUCCACUAAGAUGAUUGACGGCAGCGAAAAGCGCAAUUGUUAGUUGGCUUUUGAACUUCGCAAUUCGCAUGUUUGUGAAAAGCGCAGAAAACUCAGACUGAUCUGUUUGCAAAUGAUUCCAAUCUACAACUGAUGGCUCGUUUAUAUCUCACAAAUCAGUAAAGUAGGGAGCUUUCAAAGAUCAAGUAUCGUCGUGCCCAGUACCUUUCCGAUCGUUAACCCGGGUGGCGUAGUAGAAUAGUUUCAAUGCAUAUGUUACUUGUUUUCUCGCCCGAAAGAAGGCCAGAUUUCUGAAUCAAUUUUGGAUGUAUACAAAGUUAGCAUAAUUAAGUAGGUAUGUUUCUCCAUACUGUGUCAAAAACGUACUUCUCUGUUAUCUUUAAUUAGUGGUUCGACGACCUCUGGUAGUGUCUUAAAUCUUAAGCAUAAAUAGUUUUCGAUGCCUUUAUUUGGGUUCUGUUUGUAAUUUUAAUUUUAAUCCUCAGGAAAAGUUUAGAUGGUACCCAGAACAGUUUUACGUAUGAGCAUAUCCGUCGGAUUAUAACCAGUUAAGCUCAAAACUGUGGUCAAUUUUUUGUCUCCAGAUCCAUUUGUGAGGUCAGUUUGACGGACUCGCUGCGCUGUCGCACAGACAUGGAAGACGAAGAAAGGUUAGAUCGACCCUGGAACGCCUGGAUAGCGGUAAGAAAAGAAUCAUUGCAGCUUGUGAACAAAGACAGCGCUCCUCAGUCUCCGACGAAUCCACGGAGGAUGUCCUACCAGCAAUGGCUAUCCGAGAAAGAGCUAGCGCACUUGAGAAAAAUCUUUGCCAACGCACAGGAAGAGGCGAAAACAAACGAAAAACAAGCUAAGUUGCUUAAAGGGAAAACUUUCGACGAGUGGCUGGAAGACAAGCGACGGGAAAUGGAAAGAGGAAAAGAGAAGGAGAAAGGAAUGGAAGAAAAUCAAAAACAGGAGGAAGACAAAAAGCAGCAGCGAAGGAGAAUGUCGCAAGUAAAGUACGAAAAAUGGCUGAUGCAGAAAGAAAGAAACGCACUGCAACAGGCCGAAAAAAUGGUGCAGUUAGCAAAGGAAAAACACGAACUCAUGAAAAAGAAAUGGGAGGAGGAAGACGAGCAAAAGAAAAAUUGUAAAUUGUCCCUGGGUCGCACUCACAGCUUACCAGUUGAGGGAAAUCCUCGGACGGGAGGAAUAAAUAAGAACAGAUUUACAAGUUUAAAGUAAUUACUGCACAGUUAAAUAUUAAAUUACUACUUUACCUAGUUUUAUUACUUCAAUUCAGUCAGAAAAAAACGGUUUGUUGACAUUUUUUAGGCAAUACUCAGAUCAACUUUUGCACUAUUCCGGCAGCGCACACCGAUUAGAAGGCCGUCAAAAAAGCACAUUUCUGAUAGCUCUUCUUGAUUGCAUUAUUUGUUAUAAAGAUACAAUGUUCGCCAGCCUCGCAAUAUUUCCAAAAUCAGGUGU